AUGUCGUCCAAAAUCAAGGAUGGGCUCUUUAUGGGGGACAUGGACGCAGCCCAGGACGCAGACUUCCUGCAGCUGAAUGGGAUCAUGCACAUUGUCAACUGCGUACCUCGCCAAGUCCCUAACAUUUUCCAGCAAAGCCUCGGCCUAUCCUACACCGCCUGCGACCUGGACGAAGUGCUGCGGCGGCCCUUCUUCGACCUCAAGAACCGCGAGUUCACGCACAUUAUUCAGCUGAUCGACCGGGCUCUUGAGAGGACCGAGAGCGUGCUGGUGCACUCGCUGAACGGCAUCAACCGCAGCCCGAGUAUCAUGAUCGGAUACCUGAUGGUGAAGUACUGCUGGGGCCUCGACAAGGCGCACGAGUUUGUGAUGACCAAGCGCUCGGACAUGAAGCUCCACGAGUCCUACAUCGACCAGCUUUGCUCGCUGGAGGCGCAGAUCCAGGAAGAUCGUCCAGCUCGAGCUACAGAGCGUCAGCUCUACGAGUGGAGCACGCACACAGCUGACCCGAAGACGGACGAGGUUGUGCUCAUCCACACGUUCCUCAAUUCCGGUAGUGCCCCCGACGUGAACGCGGCCUCGAGUAGACGCAACGAGUCCACCCGACGUCAUCGAGAACGACGACUGACCUGGAUCGAUCAGACCCCAGAAAUGAGGAAGCUGCACCCGUCGCUGUUGGUCCGUCCUGAGCGUCCACCGAACCAUUCCUACAGCAAGAUGACUGCGGCCAACGGCUGGGUGGACUUGCUGGAUCCUUCGCCAGCACUCGCUCAUCAAGCAAAGAUCAAGGUAAACAGCAAGCGUCUUCACUCGUUCUCAGCACCCAAGAGAACCGAGGUUUUGGACGAUGAAGCGUCCACGUCGCCUUCGACGGUUAGCGAAGAGCUCGACUUCAUGCCAGAGGAACCAACGAGCAGCUCCAACCCGCGAUAUCUCCGCGAGACCCUCGCGUCCAUCAACUCUCGUCCGCGUCGUGUAUCAAGCGCAACCACAAGCUCAAGCUCUUCCACCUCUUCCGCAGGACCAACAGGAGGGCGUGUAUUUUUCAGCGUCGACUUCCCUCCCCCUCAGUCUUCGGCCGCGUCGCUCUCGAGUCGCAGCCGAGGCGGCCACAUCCUCACGGGCUCGACACGCCGCUCGAUGGCCGAGCCGCUGUCCCAGCAGCCUCAAACCUCCGCCCCCACGCGUCCUCGGACGGCGCCACCUCGCGGCCGGAAGGAUGUCGAGACGAAGGACCUACUGCAGAGCAAGAAGGUGGAGCUGGGCGGCUUCAGCCGCAUCACAAUCGACCCCAAGUCCUCCUCCUCGACCACGCGUGGCGUCCGUCGAACUUCAACUACGACCUCCAGUGGCUACGGUCGAGCGAAGACUGCUCGAGCUUCGUGGCGGUAG